UAUCCAAUAAAUAAAGGGUUAAUAGCAUUUUGUACCCCUCUAUUAUAACAAAUUAACAAACGUACCUCUCUACAAAAUUUUCACACAAACAUACCCCUUUAAUUGAAACAUAACAAGUUUACCCUUUCAUCCAAUUUGCUGUUACGUGACCGUUAAAUGGACUGUAAAAUUUUCACACAAACAUAACCCUCUAAUAUUGAAACAUAACAAGUUUACCCUUCCAUCCAAUUUUCUGUUACGUGACCGAUAAAUGGACUGUAAAAUGACUCAAUUGCCCCUCAUUUACUCUUAAAUACUCCUAAUUUUGAUUUUAAUUAUUUUAUAUAUCAAGUAAUUGAUUAAAAUUAAAACCCUAAACUAAUCACUUUGAAACCCUCCGUCUCCAUGGGAUUAGUCCCUCUCGGCAGCGGCGCGUGCUCCCAAUUCUCUUAUUCUCAUGAACAAGACUCACCAGUCAAAAUCGGAGAUGCUCCAUAAUCAUCUUCUCAAAACGAGCCCUCACUUCUCCAGUCUCCAAUUCUCUGAGAAAUGUGUCGGGGCGCUCCGCCUCCAUCGUCACCUUCUCGAUGGAAACUGCUGCCACCGGCUGAAUGGAGAGAGGAUAGCGGAGGGAAGAGACGAUCGGAAGCAUCGUUUCAAUUGCGAAGGCAACAACGAGCAACAAUUAAGAGGAAAACCUUCUGAGGAAACUUCUUUUUCUCGGCGGCGACCGACGACGAAUGUUGGGAAGAAUCGAGGUAAAACGUGGGAGAAAGACGGCUAGCAGCAGUGAUUUUUACUAGCGAUUCUGAUCCCCGAUUAUCUCCUUUCUCAUCUUCAACUCCACCAAACUCCACCGCUGGGCUUGCAGGCUGCAACUAUGUCCCUUUAGGCAAUUGGAGCUGCGGGGACCGAAUCUCUUUGCCGCCACAAAGAAGAAGAAAAGGAGGCAGAGGGUUUCAGAGUGAAUUAGACAAUUAGUUUAGGGUUUUGAUUUUUUUUAAUUAAUUAAUUGAGAUAAAAUAAUUAAAAUCAAAAUUAGGAGCAUCAAAAAGUAAACGAGGGCAAUUAAGUCAUUUCUCAGACGAUUUAACAGGCACUUAAUAGAAAAAUGGAUAAAGGGUAAACUUGUUACGUUUCAAUAUUAGAAGGAUAUGUUUGUGCGAAAAUUUUUUAAAGGGGUACAUUUGUUAAUUUGCCAUAAUAGAGGGGUACAAAAUGCUAUUAACCCAUAAAUAAAAGCCAAAUGAGAAAACUUGAAGCCCCAUUUCAAAUUUCCUGCAUUCAGAGUGAAAGUAGAAAGGACAAUUUGGUCUUCACAAUUACUUUUUUUAUUCAUUAAAAAGACACGUACUAGGAUUCGAACGAUGACCCCAAAUAAAGAAAAGCAAACAUCAUAAACAAUCACACUAAGUACAUUUGUUGUAUCUUUUUAAAUUAAAAACAUAUAAUAACAGAGAGGAAAAAACCAUUCCCCCAUUUCAAAUUCCCUGCUCCAGUAGCGUUUGUAGGAAAGGUAGAAUAGGGAGUGUCAAUUUUUUUUCUUUUUCCUCUGUGGAACGGGUCAUCUUACCGUACACAUGUGGAUUUAAACGGGUCCAGGAGUGUCAAUUUUUUUUUCUUUAAGUCCUUUUAUUUCUCCAUGGUGGUAAAAUAUAUAUGAAAAUGGGAAAACAAUACUCCUUUUUAUGGGCUAACCGCUAACCAUAAAAUAAAAGAGUUAAAUGGGCCUGACCUACACGAGAUUUGCCCAUCAAGUAAAACAAAUGAACAUCAUGGGUUUGCCAUUCUAAAACAAGUUAUUUUCUCUAGCAUAAUAUAUAUUAUGCUAUUAUUUUAUAUUUUAGUGGCUAAAAUAUAAUGUAUUUUAAAGUUAUUCAAUGGUUCAACCUCGACCAACCCAAUUAGUCCAAUUUUUAUCAUUUCAAAUAUAUAUUAUGUAAUUUAUUUGAUAUCAUAAUUAUUAAUUAUAGUGUAUUUUUAUAGGGAAUCGUUUGGUAUUUAUUAGUAAAAAAAAUAAACAGAAAGAUCUAUUUGGUUAUUUUUAACAUUAAAACGAUCCUAAACAUUUUCAGUUUUCUUUCGAAAUUCUAUAGUUUUAUUCCUGAAUUAGUGAUGUGCAAAUGGUGAAUUGCAGUCAUCUCUUUUCUUUCAUUAUUUUUUAUUUUCAAAUAGAAAGUUUAAAAGUAAAGAAUAAUUAGAGUUUGGCAUGGGUCGGUCAAACAGGCUGAAUUUCAAGUUUUGACCCGUUUUGAUAAAGUCUAAUUUAUAAUCACAUGGUUCCCUGAUACCCGAUAAAAAUCUCAAUCCAAACCAGUUUGCCAGGUGAGUCCGUGUUUACCACCAUUUUUUAGGGAUACAGGGACGACGAUUCCUAUCUCAAAUCGUGUUGUUCAUUCUUGAUUUAUUUAGAUUUUAUCAUGGCUUGGCAAAAACCAGAAAGCACAAUGACGACAAGAUGAAAGUUUUAUAAAGCAAAUUAAUUGGCCAACAGGCCGAGUAAAAGCUAGCAACGAUUGUGAGAUGCUCAUUUCCCGAAAACCGGCGGGAUAGGCGAUUUUUUAUUCGAUUUUCUGGAACUCAGUUUCUAUAAAACUUACUGCACCUCAUCAUAUUACGAGAAACAAUAUUGUUUCACAAGGUAACAGGUACAUGAUUUUGGUUCAUAAGGCUGAUUUUUGAUUCGUUGCAUCAUUCAUAUCUCUAUCCUACUAAAAUUCAUUAUUUUUA